GAGGACUCUCUUGCAUGCGGGGAGUAGCAGCGCGCAGAAAUGGUGCUGUGUGUACUCAAGAGACCAAAUUUCUUGGGGCCUAACAUUUACUCAGCACCCCCAGACGGAGGCUGGGGAUGGGUGGUGGCUGUGGCCUUUUUCUUGGUGGAAGUCUUCACCUAUGGCACUAUCAAGAGCUUUGGUAUCUUCCUCCAAGAGCUCAUGGAGGAGUUUGGGGAGAGCAACAGCCGAGUGUCCUGGAUCGUUUCCAUCAGUGUCUUUGUCAUGACCUUUAAUGGUCCUCUUUCCUCCGUGCUGACCAACCGCUUUGGGUUCCAGCUUGUUGUCAUGACCGGAGGGGUACUGAUUUCCUCAGGAACUAUUGCCACAAGCUUUGCCACCUCCGUCAAUCAAAUGUACAUCACCUACGGCAUAGUGGCAGGUCUUGGCUACUGCCUGACUUUUUUACCCACUGUGACAAUCCUAUCACAUUAUUUUACACGACGGCGGUCUCUGGUCAUAGCUAUAGCUUCGACUGGAGAGGCCCUGUCCAUGUUUGCUCUAGCCCCGGCUUUCUCCUCUUUGAGGGACCUUAUUAGCUGGCGUCACACCAUGGCAAUGAUUGGAGCUUUGCAAGGCACCAUCAUUAUUUGUGGUGCUCUGCUACGGCCAAUCAUCAUCCAUCCCAAAACAAGUCAAGAGACAGAGAAUGACAGAUCCUCUCCAAAGAUCGCGGAAGCCCAAAGCACAUGUGGGAACGUGGCGCAUACCACCAAAGAUGACUUGAUCGUGGACAAGACAAACACUGACAAUGAGCUCAUAAGAGAUUCUGUGACCUACUCUGAUGUCCAGUACGAGAAGGUCAACUGCAACUCAGAGGAGAGGACUUUAUUAACAGAGGAAGUAAGGUCAGGGUUGCCCCUGGGUCUAAAUAAAGACUCGGACGCAUCUGAAGGCCAGAAGAACGAUGUUGAGAAACAAGAGAAUAAAGGCAAAGAAAAUAAAAGUGGUGAUGAGAAACCUGCAAAAAAGUUUAAACUUCUGGAUUUCUCCAUACUCAAAGAGUGCAGCUUCAUUUUCUAUUCGCUCUUUGGACUGUUUGCUACACUGGGCUUCUUCGCCCCUCAACUCUACAUCAUCGAGCUGAGCGUGAGUCGAGGCGUCGCGCGGGAUCGCGCCGCCUAUAUGCUCUCCACCAUUGCGGUUGCUGAAAUGGUCGGUCGCUUUUUCAUCGGAUGGGUUCUGACACAGAAUCGAAUCCAGAAGAGGAAGCUCCUCGUCCUCCUGGUUUGUGUCAUUUCCAUGACGGUGGAUCUUGUGGGAUUUACUCUGGUCGCUGAGUUUUAUGGCCUAGCAGUUUGCUGCGCUGUGUACGGGUUCUUCAUGGGGACUCUUUCAUGCACACAUAUUCCCAUGCUGGCAGAAGAUGACGUGGUGGGCUUGGAGAGGAUGUCCGCUGCUGCUGGAGUCUAUGUGUUCAUACAAAGCUUUGCUGGUCUGGCUGGACCCCCACUUGGAGGUGUGUUAGUGGAUGUGACACAGAACUACGGAUCAGCUUUCUACUCCUGUGCAGCCGGCAUGGCGGUGAGUGCGGUGUUCCUGGGUUUAGUGAAACCUGCAAAGAGAGGACUACUUUGCAGGAAGAGCACAUUAAGACUGAAUGAAGACAGCACCUGAUGGUGUUAAGGGGGACUUGAAGGUUGACGCUGACGUGAACAAAGUGGACAAAAACCCAACAGACAGUACUGAGGUUAGUUCAAAUGUACAUGAAGCUCAUGAACCAAACGCAGGCGGAAGCCAAAUAGAAUGACUCGCAGGUUAUACAUUUCGGUUGAGUAGGUCAUAACAGUGGAGAACAUGCUGGCAAAGGUUAGCUACGGGUAGACACUUAGUGAAAUAGGUAGGAACGAUUGUUUAAGAAGCUGAUCUGGUUGCUUGUGGGUGGGUCGGGGGGCAAGGAAUCUAUGAUACAAUUGUGACUUACAUACCUAAUGUACCAAAAAGUGUUUAUUUAUACUGUACUAUUGAAAUGGCUUUAAUCUACAUAAGCUUUUGAAAUAGUCUUGAGGGAAUCAAGGGUCAACGAUGAACUGUAAUUACCUGAUCGUCAUCUAUAAAAUAAUAAUAGCCGGUCAAACUGUGAAGCUAAUGUAGCAGCAGAUAUCUUGAAAUUGCACAGCUUCUGUAACAUCAACUCUAUUGUUUUUGUUAUAGAAUACUCACCAAGCUCAGGAGAAAUGUGUGAUUGAAAAGUUUAUUUUUGAACAAAAGUGCACUUGUUGUCAGAAGUCAAAGAGGAACUAUUUUUGUAAUGAAAAACAUGUUCACUCGCAAUAA